UGCACCUUGAAUGAGCUGGGGGAGGACGAGCUUGGGAGGUUCAAGGUCAAGCUGGCCGACAUGGGGCAGAAAGGGGGCUACAACCCCAUCCCCUGGGGCCGGCUGGAGAGAGCGAAGCCUGCAGAGGUCGCCGCGGAGCUGAUCAACCACUACGGGGUGCGCUGUGGCUUGGAGACGGCUGGGGAAGUGCUCCGGGCCAUCAGACGGGGGGAGCUGGCAGGGGGACUGGCCGAGGCACUGGAGACUUACGAGGAGCGAUGCAGGGAGCAGAGACUGGCCCUCUGCGGAGUGCAAGAGAUGCAGGCGCGAACCGUGGGAAGCUUGGGCGAGGAGGAUCUCAGGAGGAUCCGGGAGAGAGCGGCCAAGACCCAUCCACAGGGGGGCCCUACGGCCAACCUCUGGGGAGGGCAGGAGAGAGCAGAGGUCGUGGAGAUGAUUGAGGAGCUGGUGAGCACCUACGGAGAAGGCCAUGCUGUGUUGAUGACCCAGGAGAUGCUGAGAGCCGUGAGCCAGGGACCCCUGGCCGAGCGACUGGCUGAGGCCACCGGGAUCGCAGGAGAUGGACCCGGCGGGGAGGACCUCGCCACGGACCCCUCGGGGAAGCAGGAGAAAUGCACGUGGUGUGUGACAGAGGAGGACCUGUCAGAAGUGAAGCCACAGCUUGUGCUGGAGUCCGAGGGGAAGCCCAGAUCCUACAGGGUUCACCUCCCCGGGGCAGGCUCCUUCCGUUGCUCUGAAACCGAACUGGGGUUCGAGGUGAGGGCAGCUGUGACCAUCCAGUACAGAUACGACUCCUGGGAUCGGCAUCUGAGCACAUCUGAGAAGCAGCAAUGGAUGGUGGCCGGCCCUUUGUUCAACAUCCGGGUGGAACCAGCAGGGGCCGUGGCAGCCGUUCACCUCCCGCACAUCCUGUGUCUCAGAGGCAGAGAUGCUGUUCUGCCCCAGAUGCGAAUCGCUCACUUCACUGACGGGAGGAUGACUCUGGAGGAGCCAACACAGGUGAGGCCGUUCCACGCCGUGCUGGAGAACCCCAGCUUCUCCUUCAUCGGGGUGCUCUGGAAACCCAUCUACGCCGUGUUUCCGUUCAUACCCAUCCACUCCGUGGUGCUGAUCUACCAGGUAGUCAAGGCUGCAGCCAUCACCCUCCACCUCUACCUGAUUCCCAACGACCGCUCGCUCAUCCAGGCAGUGAAUGAAGAGGAGAAAAAGCACCAGUCCAUACAGGUGCUCAAGCCCCCUCAGACGAAGCCCCUCUACUUCGGCUCUUGUUACACUGUGUCCAGUUCAUUGGACUUAGAGGUAACCCCCAAGGAAGUGGACUUUCGCUACAUGAGUCCAGAGGACCAGCAGCCGUUCAUGGAAAUCUACACCAAGGACAUGAGGGAGGGACUCAAACUCAUCGUACUGAUGAAACGCUACGGGGAAGUUGUCUGGAAGGUCUUGGUGAGACCAGAGGACGUGAUGCUUUCGGGUUCCUCCUCUGAAAAGUUCAAGGGGCUUCGGAAACUGCUCCCUGAACUGAAACAAGGGUUUAUUGGACUAUGCGGCCAGAGAGAGCUCAGACUGUCGCCUGCAGCUGCCUGGAGCUCACCGGCAAGGCCUGUGGAUGAGGAAGCAGAGGGAGAGCCAGGCAGCAGCGCUACACUCAGGACAGUGGCUAACGAGCACUGUGACUGGUCAGCAAAGGUGUCGAGUGGGGGCUCCUGGGAAGUGAUCCAGCGGCUGAGAAGCGAGUUAAUGACAAUCCUCCAGAGUGAUGCAGAGGCCGUGGUCAGUGCUGCCGACACCCACCUCCUCCUCACGCAGGGAGAGUACCUCGCCCUGAACCGGCUGGAGGAUCCAGAGAUCAGGGUCGCAACAUUGAUUGAUAUGGUGCUGGCCAAGGGGGACCAGGCCCAUCACCUGUUCCUGGACUGUCUGAGUAACCUGUGCUUCACCUUCCCUGCCCUGGAGCCUAUCAUCAUGGGGUUACAAACCGGCUUCCAAGCAGAUGUGGCUAUCCCCAGGCCCAGAGCACAGACAGGAGGCCCAGUCAGUGCUGAAGGGGGACAUUUUGUGGAUCGGCACCGAGCAGAGCUGAUUCAACGGGUCUCUAUGGUGGAUGGGGUCCUGGACAUGCUGUGUGGCACCGUGCUGGAUAACGAGCAGUACCAGAGCAUCCGAGCUGAGAGAAGCAACCUGGAGAAGAUGCGGAAGCUGUAUGAGCUCAUGCCGAGCUGGAACCGGGGCUGCAAGGACCGGCUCUACCAGGUGCUGAAGGCCAAGCACAAGUUCCUCAUUGAAGAGCUCGAGGGGAAAUGAACGCAAUAAGCCGUCCCUCCUCCUGGAGCGGCUGUGCCUAGAGUCCAUUCCAUGGCACUCGGGAGUCCAGCUCUGGUUCUUCUCCCUCUUCACCCAGGA